GUUUUGAAAAGAAAAGAAAACCUCAAAACCCCUUGUCGCGUUCGUGUGGAAGAUUCUCUGAAUCCAUUGCCCCCUUUUUGCGAGAAAAUUGGAAAUUGAACUGAGGUGAAGAAGAAACGACUGAGUUUGUUUUUGUAACUCGUGUACGCUGAGUCAAAUCGGUCUUUGCAAUGGAGAGGCUAGAGUUGAAAGAGGUUCAGAAACUCGAAGGUCACACCGAUAGGGUUUGGAGCUUGGAUUGGAAUCCAGCCACCGGUCAUGCCGGUAUUCCACUCGUUUUCGCUUCUUGCAGCGGCGAUAAAACCGUUCGAAUCUGGGAACAGAACCUCUCCAAUAGCCUCUUCUCAUGCAAGGCGGUUUUGGAAGAAACACAUACUCGAACUGUUCGAUCUUGUGCUUGGUCGCCGUCCGGGAAAUUGUUAGCUACUGCAAGUUUUGAUGCCACCACUGCUAUAUGGGAAAAUGUUGGGGGUGAUUUUGAGUGUGUCUCUACUUUGGAGGGACAUGAAAACGAAGUCAAGAGUGUAUCUUGGAAUGCAUCUGGAACUUUGCUUGCAACUUGCAGUAGAGAUAAGUCUGUUUGGAUAUGGGAAGUGCAGCCAGGCAAUGAGUUUGAGUGUGUCUCAGUGCUGCAAGGACAUACUCAGGAUGUGAAAAUGGUGAGGUGGCACCCAACGGAGGAUAUCUUAUUUUCAUGUAGCUAUGAUAAUAAUAUUAAGGUCUGGGCAGAUGAAGGUGAUAGUGACGAUUGGCAGUGUGUUCAAACCCUUGGAGAACCCAACAAUGGUCAUACAUCUACUGUUUGGGCCCUCUCCUUCAAUGCUAGUGGAGACAAAAUGGUUACCUGUAGUGAUGAUCUUUCCCUGAAGGUAUGGGAAACAGACAAUGUAGGGAUGCAAUCUGGUGGUGGAUUUGCUCCUUGGAGACAUCGUUGCACUCUUACAGGAUAUCAUGAUCGGACAAUUUUCUCAGUUCAUUGGUCAAGGGGAGGUAUCUUUGCUAGUGGAGCUGCUGAUGACGCCAUACGACUUUUUGUGGAUAACAAUGAUAGCCAGGUUGACGGUCCUCUGUACAAGUUGCUAUUGAAGAAGGAGAAGGCACAUGACAUGGAUAUAAAUUAUGUGCAGUGGAGCCCUGGGGAGAAGCCACUCUUAGCCUCAGCAAGCGAUGAUGGGACAAUCAAGGUGUGGGAUCUGGGAUCAUAGUGGGAUACCAGUUUAGCAUAUUUGCCGUAUCAGCAGCAGAAAUUAUACUAGUGGAGUAUAAUAGUAGAAAUGCUAGAUGUAAAAGGCAUCCUCAUUGUUCCUUUUGUUUAAUAUAUUUAGUAAUUUAUAAUAAUUUAAAAUAGAUUUUGAAUAUUGCAUUUUUUAAACCUUAAUCAAGAGUUUGAUUGUAAGGCAUCCUCAUUGUUCUUUUUGUUUAAUAGAUUUACUAAUUUAUAAUAAUUUAAAAUAGAUUUGAA